UAGAUUUUUUUUCACCAGCUUUCUAAUAAUAUAACGCGCGUGCUGUUGCGUCCUUGAACUCCUCCCGAAAACAAGUUUUUGUUGCUUCUCCAGCCAGGACCAAUAGGCUGCACAUCGCUGACGUCUUGCCUUUGUUUGUCUCCUCCUACCAAAUGUUAUGAUCAGUAAUUCUUGCUGGCAAACAAUUUUUUCUCGCAAAAUCUUUCACCAUGACAGAAAAGGCUCCCGAUAGCAAAAUUGUAAAAUGUACCCUCAAAUAUGAUGACUAUAUUCCUAACAUCUCUCUAAACCAAUACCUUUUCCAUGAAAUGAGUAAAUGGAAAUCUAGGAUUGCAAUGGUUAACGUCAGUACCAUGGAAGAGCUUACUUAUGGACAACUGAUCUGUGAUGUAAACCAUUUGGCAGCAGGUCUUCAAGCUUCACAAGGCUUGAAAUAUGGACAAUGUGUUGCAUUGGCUAUACCUAAUUCCAUGGAAUUUAUAGUUACUCUGCUAGCUGUGAACCAGUUGGGGGCAGUUGCUUCAUUUGUUAAUCCAAUCUAUACUUUUCGGGAACUGGAACAUGUGGCUAGUAUAAACAAUGCAGACAUCUGGAUAUGUACAUCAGAAUUUGUUCCAAUGCUCUCCAAGCUUGGCAAAGCCGGAUAUAGUACUAGGGCUGUCGUCAUCGACAGCUCGAACACUGAAGCUUCGCAAUGGCACGCAAUCCUUAAGUCUGGUCAGUCCUUGACCGUCGACCCUCCAAAUGUUAACGUCUUUGAAGAUCUUGCUACCAUGCCAUUCUCGAGCGGUACUACGGGCUUACCCAAAGGGGUGAUGCUUACUCAUCGCAACGUGGUCUCCGCAUUGUGUCAAUUCAAAGCUUGGUCUCCAUACACCGAAAAAGACGUCAAUCUUGGUCUGUUGCCCAUGUUCCAUCAGUAUGGUUGUCUUAUGGUCCUAACCACUCUAGCAGUUGGUGCCAAGGCCAUUAUUUUGCCUAAAUUUAACUUCUCGGACAUGUUACGUGCAAUUCAAAAAUAUAAGGUAACAAUGAUACCUCUAGUGCCUCCUAUAGCUGUUCUCCUAGCCAAACAUCCGGCUGCAAACAAUUUCGAUCUUUCUUCCGUAAGAGCUAUUGUUAGCUCGGCGGCACCUUUAAGCUUAGAAAUUAUAAAAACGAUUAUUAGUAAGUAUAACUGGGACGUCCUUCAAGGCUACGGGAUGACUGAGUGUACCUUGGCUACACACUUCAUGCCACCCGGCCAGCGCAAAUACGGAAGCGUCGGUAUGGUUAUGCCGUAUUAUGAAUCAAAGAUCGUUGAUCAAAAUACCGGACAAGAUCUAGGUGCUCAGCAAGUGGGCGAAAUCUGCGUUCGUGGUUCAAUGGUGAUGAAGGGCUACUGUGGUAAUCCGGGAGCUACCGCCGCUAUGAUUGACGCACAGAACUGGCUCCACACUGGGGACAUUGGUUAUUAUGAUGAAGAUGGUUUCUUCUAUGUGGUUGACCGGCUCAAGGAACUGAUCAAGUAUAAAGCCACGCAAGUUGCCCCCUCAGAGCUUGAACAUUUGCUGUUAACACACUCAGAAGUGACUGAUGCUGCUGUCAUCGGGAUUCCCGACGAAGUAGCCGGCGAGCUUCCAAGAGCGUUCGUCGUCAAACGGCCAGGUUCUACUGUUACUGCAUUAGACCUUAUUCGUUUCAUCGACGGUCAAGUUUCUCCCUCUAAGAAACUCCGGGGAGGUGUCGUUUUUCUUGACGCCAUUCCGAAGCUGUUAAGCGGAAAAAUUUUACGACGUGAGCUAAGAGCGCUCUCUUCCAAAUUGUAACACGCAACCUGUGAACCUCAAAAAAUCUCGGUGUUCUAUUAGCGCUGCGUCAUAUUGUGAUGGAAGCGACGCAAUUUGCUUUUUAUCAGGCCAUCAUUUCUAGAUAUUUUAUUUUUCCCUUAUUGAAUAGAAUAGUUUAAUCAAAUAAAGAAGUUCAAACUUCCAUAAGAUUAUAACAUA